AGAAACCCAUAGUUGUCGUAUCGGAUGCAUCAGGGUACGGUCUUGGUGGGGUAAUUGCUCACAUAGUGAAGGGUGUCGAGAAACCAAUUUGUUUCACAUCCUUUUCGUUGAACUCAGCGCAAAAAAAUUAUCCAAUCCUACAUUUGGAGGCUCUGGCAUUAAUUUCUACAAUAAAAAAGUUUCAUAAGUUUUUAUAUGGACAACAUUUCACGGUUUAUACUGAUCAUAAACCUUUGGUGGGGAUUUUUGGCAAGGAGGGUAAAAAUGCAAUUUUUGUUACUAGACUUCAGCGUUAUGUUUUAGAAAUGUCAAUCUACAAUUUCGAUAUCCAAUACAGACCAUCAUCCAGAAUGGGAAAUGCGGAUUUUUGCUCGCGUUUCCCAUUGAAGGAAGAAGUUCCUAAAUAUCUAGACGAAGAACUCAUUAGAAACAUUAAUUUCGGAAGGGAGUUUCCCAUAGAUUCAAAAAAGAUAGCCGAGGUAACUAGAACUGACGAAUUCCUAAUGGAAAUUAUAAAAUUCAUAAAAACUGGAUGGCCCAAAAGAGUUGACAAACGUUUUGUUGACGUAUGUUCUAACCAACAUGAGUUAGAAAUAAUAGAUGACUGUCUAUUAUAUCAAGACAGGGUUGUGAUUCCGCAAGUUAUGCAAAGCGGGAUCCUCAAGCUGUUACAUGCCAACCAUGCGGGGGUUGUAAAGAUGAAGUUAUUGGCCAGGCGAUCCGUGUAUUGGUUUGGAAUAAAUAAGGAUAUUGAAAACUUCGCUAAGCAGUGUGAUAUUUGUAGUAGUAUGACUGUGGCACCAAAACAAAAAAUCGAAUCUAAAUGGACGCCAACAACAAGACCCUUUAGUAGAUUACACAUAGAUUUCUUUUAUUUUGAACAUCGAACAUUUUUGUUGGUAGUCGAUAGCUUCUCCAAAUGGAUUGAGGUUGAGUACAUGAAAAGUGGUACGGAUUCUGGAAAAGUCCUAAGAAAAUUGGUGGCUAUUUUUGCCAGGUUCGGUUUACCGGAUGUUUUGGUUUCGGACGGGGGCCCCCCAUUCAAUUCUUAUGGUUUCGUAAAUUUCUUAGAAAAGCAAGGUAUAAAAGUUUUUAAAAGCCCACCGUACAAUCCGUCUAGUAAUGGUCAAGCUGAGAGAUUGGUUAGAACGGUAAAAGAUGUAUUAAAAAAAUUUCUAAUGGAACCAGAAACAAAGGAAUUGAAUUGGGAGGAUCAACUAAAUUUAUUUUUGUUCAAUUAUAGAAAUAGUUGCUUGACAAAUGGGGGGGAUUUCCCAUCGGAAAGAAUUUUCAAUUAUACGCCGAUGAAACUUAUUGAUCUGCUAAAUCCAAAAAGACAUUAUAAAAAGCAGUUAUUAUUACCACACCCUCCCGGUGAUGAAAAGUCAUCUAAACCCCCUAUUGAUAAUAAUGCUGAUCCUUAUGACAAUCUGAUGGAAGGUGAUGUGGUGUGGUAUAAAAACCAUAACCCUCACGACCACAGAAAAUGGUUAAAAGCAAAUUUUUUAAAACGUUUUUCUAAAAAUACCUUCCAGAUUUUAAUUGGAAACGUGCCAGUAAUGGCACACCGUAUCCAGAUGCGGAUUAGCCAUACCUCCGAAGGAAGAAACCCGAUGAUAUCCUGGGUGCCGUGUGAAGAUAAAAGGAGUGGAAGGAAAAGUUUGAGUAAUGAGGAGGACUUCAGGGGAUUUCCUGAGCAUGAACAGGAGAGAAAAGGAGAAAAGCGUAAAUUUAACUUCGGGCCGGCGGAUUUGUCGGAUUCGGAAUUAAGAAGAUCGAAACGUUUGCGAAGAGCAAAUUUCGAUACUGAUUUUGUUUAUAAAUGAUCAAAGAUCGUUCGAUUUAGAUUUUUUUUACUAAUGUAAUGUCGAGUUAAACUGAUGAAUUGUAUUGCCAGAAAACUUUUGCUUGAAAUGAAUUUCAAAAUUGUCAGAAGUAAAUAUUUAAGCAAAUAAUACAUAUAAUUAUUGUACAAUAUUUUAGAUUAGUUUUCUCUAAAAGGGAAAGUGCUGAUGUGUAUACCUUUUAUAUAACAUCAUGUUAUUUACGUAACGCACGUAUAUGCUGUCAGCAAGGGCUGAGUAAAAAUAUAGCAGUCCGAGACUGCAUUGCUAUUUGGAAGCUAAACUAUCAACAAGUGUUUUUUUUACUGGAUCUCAACCGAAAUUACUCCUUGGGUCUCUAAGGUCGUCGUUCGCUUUGGAGUCCGCUUUUACUUAUUUGACUGGUAUAAAAUAAAGAGAAGUGAAACUUAAAAGUACCGACACAAAUGACGCGGAACACUCGGGUAGACCUGUGGAAGCCGUAACACCGGAAAAUGUGAGUGAAGUGACAAAAAUUAUAAUGAAAGAUCGUAAAGUGAAGCUCCGUGAGAUUGCUGAGAUGACACAGAUAUCAUAUAGAAGUGUAUUUACUAUCCUUCAUAGAAAAUUGAGCAUGAAAAUGGUUUUUUCCAAGUGGGUGCCGUGAUUGCUUUCGAUGGAACAAAAACAACAACGAGUAGAUGAAAAAAAAAUUUUAAAAAAUGGAAAAACGUUGGAACCAUUGUAUCACCCUAAUAGGUGAUUAUGUUGAUGAAUAAAAAAAAAUUUGCAAAAAAAAAGUUGUUUCCAUUGUUAGUCUCGGGACU